AUGCAAGCUCUUCAAUCUUCCUCUCUCCGUGCUUCUCCGCCGAACCCACUUCGCAUACCUUCGAAUCGCCAGUCGCACCAGAUUGCCAAUGCGCGACCCGCGAGGAGACGCUCGUUCGUCUCCGCAUCAGCCGCCGUUUCCGCUCCCAAACGCGAGACAGAUCCGGAGAAACGGGUCGUGAUUACUGGUAUGGGUCUCGUCUCCGUAUUCGGGAACGACGUCGAUGCCUAUUACGAGAAAUUGCUUUCCGGCGAGAGUGGAAUCAGCUUGAUUGAUCGAUUCGAUGCCUCCAAGUUCCCGACUCGAUUCGGUGGUCAGAUCCGUGGGUUUAGCUCCGAAGGUUACAUCGACGGGAAGAAUGAGCGCCGGCUUGACGAUUGUUUGAAGUACUGCAUUGUCGCUGGGAAAAAGGCUCUCGAGAGUGCGAAUCUCGGCGGUGAUAAGCUCAACACGAUUGAUAAGCAAAAAGCUGGAGUACUAGUUGGGACUGGUAUGGGUGGAUUGACGGUGUUUUCAGACGGAGUUCAAGCUCUGAUCGAGAAAGGUCACAGGAGAAUAUCUCCGUUUUUCAUUCCUUAUGCCAUAACAAACAUGGGGUCUGCUUUAUUGGCGAUCGAUCUUGGUCUUAUGGGUCCAAACUACUCGAUCUCGACCGCUUGUGCCACCUCUAACUACUGCUUCUACGCGGCUGCGAACCACAUUCGCCGUGGUGAAGCUGAUAUGAUGAUUGCUGGUGGAACUGAGGCUGCCAUUAUUCCUAUUGGGUUGGGAGGUUUCGUUGCUUGCAGGGCGCUGUCUCAGAGAAACGAUGACCCACAAACCGCUUCGAGGCCAUGGGAUAAACAGAGAGAUGGCUUCGUUAUGGGUGAAGGAGCUGGUGUUCUGGUGAUGGAGAGCUUGGAACAUGCGUUGAAACGUGGUGCUCCGAUUGUAGCAGAAUAUCUUGGAGGAGCUGUGAAUUGUGAUGCACACCAUAUGACUGAUCCAAGAGCUGAUGGGCUUGGUGUCUCUUCAUGCAUUGAGAGCUGCCUUGAAGACGCUGGUGUAUCACCCGAGGAGGUAAAUUACAUCAAUGCACAUGCAACUUCCACUCUUGCUGGUGAUCUUGCUGAGAUUAAUGCCAUUAAAAAGGUAUUCAAGAGCACUUCAGGGAUCAAAAUCAACGCCACCAAGUCUAUGAUAGGUCACUGCCUCGGUGCAGCUGGAGGUCUUGAAGCCAUUGCCACCGUGAAGGCUAUCAACACGGGAUGGCUUCAUCCUUCAAUCAACCAAUUUAACCCAGAAGAAGCAGUGGACUUCGACACGGUCGCUAACGAGAAGAAGCAGCACGAGGUUAAUGUUGCCAUAUCAAACUCGUUUGGGUUCGGUGGACAUAACUCAGUCGUCGCCUUCUCUGCCUACAAACCCUGA